GCAGUAGGCGUUCACUUCAGCUUCCGUCCGCAGACCCGGUUGAAGCCGAGCCUAACCAGGAGAGAGACAUGAGCGCAAACCUGUAAUGGUCUCUGGUCACCUUCAUCAUGUUCACCUGUCUGUCCGUCUCUGUGCUCAUCCUCUACCUACAAACCCGUACAGUGUUUUCAGAGCUGGCUCCUCCUCAUAACGUCUCCAUGGUGACCAUGAACACAAACUACACUCUGACCUGGGACUAUGACCGGAAUGCUAUAGGCGUUACCUUCAGCACAGAAUGCAUACUGAGGUCCAAGCUGGGCUCAAAGAGGGGUGUCAAGUGGCAGCCAGCCUGUGAGGAGUCACUGCGCAGGUCAUGUGAUCUUACACCUCUGGACCUGCACUACCUGGGCAUCUACAUCCUGAGAGUCCGAGCCAACACCAAUGGGAGCCAAUCAGAGUGGGUGAUGAGGGAGUUCUGCCCGGAUACAGAGGGGUCUCUUGGCCCUCCGUCCUCUGUGGAUCUGUCUCCAGCAGGAAGUGACCUGGACGUCUUCAUCUCCGACCCUCUGACCAGCAGGAACACCUCCAUGAGGGAACACCUGAAAGACCUGGGAAACCUGUACUACUACAUCCUAUAUUGGGAGAAAUCUGAGGAUGCAACGGCGGUGAGGCAUCACUCAGUAAGCAGCAGUGUGAACAUGGUCACCCUACCCGGUCUGAAGGCCUGGACCUGGUACUGUGUGAGCAUCCAGACACGCUAUGACUUCUACAACAAGAGCAGCAGCUUCACUGCCCCACUCUGCAUGCAGACCCAAGGCACUCUUCCCUGGUGGCAGAUCUUCCUCUUCUUUCUGGCAUCUCUGCUCUUCUUUUUUGUCCUUGUCUUGUUGUCUCUCGUCAUCUUCUUCCGGUGUUACCGAACAAUAAAGAACACACUGUACCCGUCCAUCACACUGCCGCCACACCUCAAACAGUACCUUCAGGAUUCCCCGGGCUCUGAUGUGCCCCGUCUCCUCACCCCAGACUCAGAGAGUGAACAUCUGUGUAAGGUCACCAUCUGCCCUGAACCCCCAGUCCUGGAGAUCCACUGGCCUCCAGCAGAGGCCCUUGAGGAGCCCACCCCUGGCCAUGAGCCCGACAUCAGACACAUUCGUCAGGACAGCGGCGGUAGCGAAGACUCAGGUGUUUACUCUUCGGGGGGCAGUUCUUCUCUCAGGCCCCACCCCUCCCUGUCAGGUGAGGGGGGCGGCAAUUUCUGUCAAGACACUUUUGACCCUCAACAGGUGAGGAUGAGGGACAUGACCCCGAGGGUCAAAGUUCAGCUGGUGACCAGUGACAGUGGCGUAAUGGAUGUGAGGUUGUAGAGAUGGAGUAGCAUGUUGACUGUGGAUCGGAGAGGCAUGCUCCUGAUGUCACCUCUCAGCCUGUCAGCAAUCAACAGCUGAUCCGUGGAACGGUAUAACAGUUCAUUUUGUUUCCUUCCUAUUGAAAUUCCGCCUGUUUGAAUUUGUAAUGAUGCUCGUUUUAGACUGAUGCAGACACGCGUCCACCUGACUCAGACUGUUAGACACGCCUCCACCUGAGUCAGACUUUUAGACACGCCUCCACCUUACUCAGACUCUCAGACAUGCAUCCACCUUACUCAGAGCAUCAAAUGCGAGUUCAUGCUCCCACAUAUGAUUCUUAUAGAAUCUUGGAUGCCUCUUCAUGUACUCUUUGUUUUUUUUUCACCCUUUUUAUAUGAACAUAUGUUUGUAUCCUUUUUUAGUGCUGUGAUGUCAUUACACUAAGUUAUUAACUUUUAUUGUAAAAAAAAUAUCAACAACCUGUCCGUCACCACUAAAACUAAAACCCAGAAGGCCAACUCAUUGAUGUUUGAGUAUCAGUGAUGGAAAUUUGAAGAAUUUGCUGAAGCCGAAAAGGAGUACGCAUUUCCUCUCUUCUCACAUUUCACCCACCUGUCCUGAUGUUGCCAAUGUUUGUCUGCAAUUUAGACCAUAGUGGUGGUUUACUCCUGUGAGGUAAGAACAAAAAAAAAAAACAUCCAGACUGAGCAGACCACGGUGAGGAGCGGAUUGUAGCAGAUCGACAUAUCAGUGUCCUCUGCUUCUCUCAUAGCGAGAGGAAAAAAAACAUUCACCUGUGAUGUGACAUUGAGACUGAGUGAACUUUAAUAACCUUUAUUAACCCUGUCACAGAACAAACAGCCUCAAACAAUUAUUGAUUAUUGAUUAUUAUUAUUAAUAAUGUAUGACCCACUGAGGGUUGGUUGGAUGUCUGUGUUGCCUCAUCAUGUUGUACAGUCUGAAAAUGUAAAUAUUGAUGUUCUGCUGCAGCAGCUCUGGUUUAAAUGAAAACAUUAAAAAGUCAAAAUAAAAAUAUCAAACCUG